UCAGAGCAGGUCGGUUGGCACAGCUGAGCUUGUUCCAGUGCUGGUGGAAAUAAUCUCAUCCGAGCCUCAUUCACUCAUACUGGGGAGGCUCGUGGGGGCCAGAUUGAAGUGAUUUACGCAACAAUGUCUCGCCAGUGGUUGGCUGUUGCGGAUUUUGUUUUGUCUUAAUCUUUGGGCAGAUUAACCGACCGAACCAAUUGUGUGCCUCCACGGGACUAAUGUGUGGGGAGAACUUGUGAACUCAAAACAGAGUCCCUGCAAACUUCAUCUAGACGAGAAUAUAUUGCUCUGGAGGAAGUAUAAUAAAAUGUUUUUUUUUCUGGAUACUAUGAUGGUCAGCUAUGCAUAUGACAUCAGUGACUGACAGCCACCAUAAUGCUCCACUGACACUCUGAUUCGAUCAUGGAGGACGCAGUGACCUCUGAAGAUGCUGAACCCCUGCCUGCCACCUCCCAAAACAUUGACAUCCACCUCAGGGAGCCAGAGGACGAGUGUCCUUCCAGCACAAGCCCGGAGCCCAGCACCCCGUCUUCACCUUCUAAUCAGCAAACUCAAGGCUCUGCUGUAUCGGCGCUGCAGUCCAAGGUCAAGGCUCUCUCCGAGCACAGAGUUGCCUGGAAAGAACCUGGAAGUAAGAACCAGGACAAACGAGUGGUUCCCGGGACCUUCAUGCUGGGAUACGCCCUCACGGACGCUUGGGGCUCCAGCAGCAGCGAUGAAGACGGGGAACCUCGCAAGCCUCUGAUUUUCAUUGCCGGAGAUCACAAGCCUCAGGUAGAACUCGAGUACGAUCCCAUUUCUUCCGAAACUUUGCUGGCAAUCCCACGUGGCCUUGGAGAAGGAGCAAGCCUGGAGAACCUCUCGAACGAUGCUUGCAGGGCUCAACACGAUGCUUCUACAUCUGAUAAACCAUGGAUGCCUCCAAAGUGUUUCUGGAGGUCCAUCAGACCAGAGAUGCAGGUUCUAAAUGGGAACAUUCCUGUGGGGAAAGAUGGAACAAAUGGAGGAACCAUGGGACACAAAAUGGGCCACAAGUUUCCAAGGGAACUGCAUAGGUCUGACAGCCUGGAGAGUCACCUAAGCAGGUACAAUCAUGGUGAGGUGGGACAGUGUGGACUCUGGCGGGCCGACAGCUUGGAGAGCAUGUGCAGCAGUGGAAGCUCGCUGUCCCUGGCUGAGAGGGUCGAGAUGAACCGAGGUCUUCUCAAACAGAUGCUGCAGAAAGCCCAGAACAAAGACCAUGUGCCAGGACAAAGGAUAGAGGACCCGACACACAUUGGUGGUAGAGGUAUCUGUGGCCUCAGUGAUAGUGAUUGGGAUUCUGGGAUUUCGCUCCAAGGUAGUGAACACAGCCAAAGGGCCUUUGUGUUGGGCGACGACCUUCCGCUGAGCCCUCGCCACGAGCAGGCCAAACGACUGCUGGAGAGAGCGCGUAUGAAGGCCCGGUCCAACCCUCUCAAAGCCGACCACACCAUCCUACCCGUCCAGAGGGACAACCCGGAGCUGUUGUCCUGGGUUGGUGUACCCUUACACCAGGCUCCUCUUGCGGGGAAGGAGGGCGUGGUGGUGGUCUCCGGAAACCUUAGUGACUCCUCCAGCGGCGACUCGGCAGGUGGAACCUGCCGGAGACACGGACAGUCCCCAACCCGUGUGCGUUUCGAAGACGAAUCGGAGAAGGACGCUGAGGUGCGCUACCUGGAGCGGCUACGCCAGCGGCGCAGGGCUGGAGAAAGAGGGCAGGGGCUGCUGGUGUCCAAACCCACCUUGUCGUCUUACAUCAAUGGACAGGCAGAGACAGGACAUGGCUCGAAUGAUUCAAUAUUCUGGAAGCCAAAAGCCAAGAAGAGUUUGUUGAAUGGCAAAGGUCCGGAAACAGCAAACAGGCAGUGCAACUCUUGUGGGACCUUUCUAAAUGAACCACACGGGCCUAGCUUGAACUCAAAUACUCUGUCUUUACCUAAUGGGGAAGUCGAAGGGAAGAAGAUACCAUGUUGGGUUGCUCCCACCCUACCCAACCGGCUUGUCCGGAUCGAACAGAUUAAGGAGACGUACAUUGGGACGAGUCCCGCUAUCGUCCACAGCGAUGGAACACACUGCAUUCCUGUGGAUAACGUGAGCGGUAGAGGAACAUUCCAGAAGCUAAAGAAGAAGGUCCGGAAACAAGAGAGCAAGCAGGAACCCUUGUAUGUCAACGGCCUGAGGGCUCCAACACCUCCGGAUUGCAACAGUGGAACUCAAAUGUGUAUCUCGAAUGGACUAGCAUUGCCACUCAACCCCUAUGCCGUGGAUCCCCUUGGACAGAGAAUCCCAGCCGCAUGCAGCCCCACAUCCAGUAAGAGACCUGUAGUACCUCCAUUGCCCCGCAAUGGAGAACCAUCCAGCUCCCACCUUCCUCAGCCAACCCCUCCUCCUCUCCAACCGAAAAAAUCAGCCCUAAAAUCCAGCUCAAAGAACCGCUCUAAUGGUCAGCGGACCGUCACACUCAUUUCUUCACCCGAGUACCACCUGGACUCCACAGAGGCAGGGGGCGCUGUGGAGAGCUGUCUUCAGGAACAGGCUUCCUCUGGACUGGGUUAUUGGGAGGACAGAUCUGCAGUGGUCACCCCUGUACCCAUACUCAGGACGAGCCCAGUUCUGUGUGCUCGAAACUCACCCAUACAAGGGGAAGAAAGGCUAACAGAUGUGGAACAGCAUCAGAGUAUAGGACAGCUGGGAUCUAAUGGAACAUCCAGCAGUGCUGAAUCAACCCAGGAUCGACUCAAUGACAGACACGUCAGAGGGCCAAUCAGACCAGUGCAUCACAGGGCAACUAGCCCAAACUUCUCACAAGCGGGGACGGAUGCAGAGCAGCGGGAGGGUCGACCCAAACUCUCCCUGCGGCGGUUCUUCUCCGCCAUGGGGCUGAACAGCGUGGGGUUGCUGCGAAAAGGACGAUCCAGCAGCAUGGAUCAGCUCAGCCUGCACCCCAAACCAAACUCAAACCUGAACCAAAAGCCUCGGCCAACUUCACCCUCCACCUCCCCCAGCCCCACACACAGACACCACCACCAGCUGAAGAAAGCCCCCUCGCUGCAGACUAUACGACUGGGGUCUCCCUUUCUCCAGCUGAGGAGAUCUUCAUCGGCUCAAAACCUACAAAUCCCCAUAAAGAAAACAGACCGUUCCUCUGCAUACACUCCAGGAGAACAGCCCUGUAGUCCAGUAUUAACCAGGGAUCUUCAGCGUGCUUUGAGUGUAGAGGACGUGGGGCGGCCCAGUGCGGUGCGUCCGGUGGGACGCAUGGCCCAGGCCUUCCCUGACGGCACCAUCCUGCUGGAACUCUCCAGGCCCCCCAACGGCCCCUUCGGCUUUCUCAUCUCACGAGGAAAAGGCAGGCCAGACUCAGGGGUGUACGUUGAAGAAAUGGGCGACAGCAAUAUGGAGAAACUCUACGCAGGGCUGCUCGGGGUCGGAGACGAGAUCUUAGAGGUGAAUGGCGAGAAGGUGGCAGGACUCAGUCUGGACCUGGUGACCCGUUUAAUGACUCAAAACAGCACAGCUUCAAUCCGCGUACUACGACACAGACGCCUACAGCACUAACUGAAGACAAGACUGUACCAGAACCACAUUUUAUUGCAGUCAAUGUAAACAAUAACGUCAGAAAUGUCAGGGACGAGUUCGUGUAAUCGGCAGUAUUAUGUUUAACCGACCUUUGGAGUUUUAUGGCAAUGAUCACACAACGGUCCCUAUUAAGUUACCCAUUACAAUCCAGUUUCAUUUUUUGGGUGAAUUCAUCCCUGUAGCCACUGUUAUGGCUAAAGGCCUGUUCACACCAAAUACAAUAACAGUAAUGACAAAAUAUAUA